AUGGCAACUAAAAGAAGACAAUCGGCUUCUAGUGAAACAACACCAGUCAAAAAGUUGAAGAAAGAAACUUUCAACCACACACCUGAAGAAUAUAAAGAGUUUUUCAAUUCCACGUUGGAUUUAGUUUUUCAUUUAAAAGAUGGUGACGAAGAGUUGAGUGCCAUUUUUGUUAAAUUACCAUCUAAGAAAUUUUACCUGGAUUAUUACCACAUUGUUAAACAGCCAAUAUCUUUAAAUGAAAUUCAAAAAAGAAUAAAAAACAAAUAUACUGCAGAAUCUGCUGAUGAGUUUCUUGAUGAUUUUGAAUUGUUAUUAAACAAUGCGAAAACAUAUAAUGCCCCAGAUUCUUGGAUUGUUGCUAGUGCUACCAAGAUAGUAAAUUUUGUUAAGGACCAAGUCAAAGAAUUUGAAAACACCCCUAGUAAAUCCUUAUCUUCAGUCACCACAGCUGCGACAGAAGCUGUUGAAACACCAGAUCAAAAGAAACCAAGAAUUAAGUUAAAGUUGAAGCAAAGACACGAAGAAUCUAUCCCAGAGGUCAAUACUCAAGAUUCCGAACCUCAUAUAACUUUUGGGAAAUUGGCUGAGUUAUGUCUCGAAGUGUUGAAUGAUGUUGUAAAUCACGAUUUUCCAGACAUUGGUGUUAUUAGUGAACCAUUCCUAGAAGAAGUUGACACAGAUUUCUACUCCGAUUAUUUGGAUUAUGUAUCAAAACCAAUGUCAUUUAAUACAAUUAUAUCUAAUUUGGAAAGGAAAAAGUUGUUGAGUCCAAAAUACCCCUUGCUAGAUAACUUACAAAAAUUCCACGAUACCACUACUUUGAUAUUUGACAAUGCCAAGGCUUAUAACAAUGAAGGAUCUCAAAUAUACCAAGAUGCUGUUUUAUUGGAAGAAUAUUUCAAUGAAAAAUACUCCGAAUUAAAACAUAAAGUUGAGAAAGAUGGACCAAAACAAGCACAAUCAAUGGGACCAAAGUUGAAGCUUAAUUUAGGUAAAGCAAACGCAGCUACCGUUUCAACACCCAAAAGAAAGAGAAAAGCUGUAUUGAAAAUAGAACCAGAAGAAACUCCAGAAGUAGUUGAUGAUGUACAUGACGAUCAAGUUGAAGUGGAUCAAGCUGAAAAAGAUAACGAAGGUAACGCCGAAGAAGAGGACGAUAGCAACAAAGAAGUUGGAGCUGAACAAGACAUUGCAAACACAUUAGGUAAGUCCUUACCGUUGCUUCCUGAAUCUAAUGCAAUAAUCCAAGAAUCAGCAUUGUUUUCCUCUCCUGCAGUUGCCAGUAAUGUUACUAAAUUUGUACAACAAAAAUUCUCAACUCCUGCUACUAUUAUUCCAAGAGAGAAAGAGAUCAAGAAAGGCUUAUUUCCAACCCACCAAACCACCUCAGUAGCCACACUUUUUUCAUACAAGGUUCCAAGUAAUGGAUACACCAAUCAAUCAUAUACAGUGGCUUUGCCAAAUGGAGUCCUGCCGUUUGUAUCAUUCAAAGUUUCUUUACACAAUUUAUUGUACGAAGCCAAAAAGCGAGACUUGAUUGAUGAUCAUGGAUUAUUGAACCAACCUGCCAACGAAGAAUUUCAUUGUAAAUUAUCAGUGAAUGAAGAGGAAGUCACUGGCGUUGUUGAUUGUUUCAAGGAAGAAAAAGGUUCAGAAGAUGUUUUGGGUGUUCAAUAUGACGUGAGACUAAGUUAUGGUUUGAAUGUGUUGACUUUUGAUUGUAAAGUUGCCCCUGCAUUGAGUAAGAAAAUAAAAAAUACAGUUAUCGAGGAAGAAGAAAUUGCUGGUAGACAUACAAGACAUCAAUUACAACAAAUGCAAAAAACAUGGGAUGUCGAAACCAUCACCUUUUAUGUUGUUUGUAAUUCUGGAUAA